AUGAAAGAGAAGCAGCACGACAAAUCGAUGGUGAUGAGCCCAACAGUGAGGGACGAGAAGCGGCAGCAGCAGCUGAGGGAUCGAGAAAUGCGUGAGGCACACAUCGAGAAACAAAUGUGCUCGGCAGCUGCCGCAAAAUCAAAAGAUUUGAGAGUUGGUGAAAUUUGUGAUUUCAGUCUAGUAAUGCCAUCAACGUCCACGGCACCAUUAGCAGCAUUUUCAAGUAUUGGUCAAACGAAUGCUAACUUAAUUGCCACUAGUACUGCUGCUGGUGCAGGUGGUGGUGGUGGUGGUGGUGCUGGUAGUUUGGGAACGACACCGAAUGCUUCACCUCUAUUAGCCAGCAAUCGUCAGCAGUUUCAUCCAGCAGCAGCAGCGGCAGCAGCAGCAGUAGCCGGACAACCACCACCAACUGCAGCAUUUGUGCAUCAUGGCAAGCAGCAGUUUUUUGUGGAACGUGAUCGCGAAUCACGGGAUCGGUUCCUGAACGGACAAGUGGGCAAGGCUAAAGUGGCUGCUGCUGAACUUCGUGCUGCGCAAGCAAAUAAC